AUGGCUAUGUCCUCCCUUCUCCUCAAAACCUGCCCUGUUCACCUUCCAACAAAACCAAACAGCAAUAGACCUGCAAACUCCAUCAAAUCAUUCACAUGCAGAAACAGUCUCAAAACAGACAGUUAUGUAAAUAGUUCUACUCUUUCCAAGGACUCCAACUACAAGCUCUCAUGGCAAGAAGAGUUCAAAAGGGCUUUCCCAUCUCUUGAAUGGGAAAAUUGUGGUGAAAAUGACGAAAAGUUUCAAGAAUUGGUGGACAAGAGGGCUGUGGACAACAUCAGAAUGCUUAUAGUUGAUGCUGUUCAAAACUCGAGAGCCGGGCACCCUGGAAUGGCUCUUGGGAUGGCAGAAGUUGGGUAUUUCUUGUACAGACAUGUCAUGAGAUAUAAUCCAAGGAAUCCCAAGUGGUUUAAUAGGGAUAGGUUUGUUCUCAGCGCAGGACAUGGGUGUCUGCUUCAGUAUGUUUGCCUUCAUCUUGCUGGGUUCCAAUCAGUUCAGAUUGAAGACCUCAACAGCUUGUGCAAACUAGGCAGUCGGACCCCAGGUCACCCAGAGAAUACAUUGACAGAUGGCAUUGAAGUCACAACUGGUCCCCUUGGACAAGGUGUAGCAAAUGCAGUUGGUUUGGCUCUUGCUGAAGCUCAUUUAGCUGCUAGGUUCAAUAAAUCUGAUAUCGCCAUUGUCGACCAUAGGACAUAUUGCAUCAUGGGUGACGGCUGUGCUAUGGAAGGCAUAUCAUUUGAAGCUGCAUCAUUAGCAGCACAUUGGAAGCUCAACAAACUUACGUUAAUUUAUGACGAUAACCAUAAUACUAUAGACGGCUCCACAGACCUUGCAUUUUCUGAGGAUAUAUCACAGCGAUUUAAGGCGUUGGGCUGGAAUACAGUAACGGUUGAUGAUACACAGAGCAAUAUGAGAUCACUCAAGAACGCACUUUUGGCUGCUCAUAAUGAGACACAGAGGCCGACUUUUAUCAGGGUGAAGACGCUUAUAGGAAAAUUGUCGAAGAAGGAAGGAACAUCAAAGGCUCACCAUGGUACUUUCGACGAAGAUGAUGAGAAACAAAUGAAGCAGAAGGUUAAAUGGGAAGACCGAGAUCCAUUUCAUGUGAUUCCUAUGAUUUACCGAGAAAUGCAAGUUCAAGCAUAUUGUGGAGAAGAAUUAGAGAUGGAUUGGCACUCAAAACUUGAUUAUCAUCGAAGUAAAUACCCUCAAGAAGCUGCAGAGUUCAAAGUUCUCCUUUCGGGUGGGAUGCUUCCGGGGUGGGAAAAUACAUUACCAAAGUGGUCUACAUCUGAUCCUGUGGAUGCCACUCGAGGAUACUCCGAGAAGUGUUUAAACCAGCUUGCCAAGGUGCUUCCUGGCCUAAUUGGUGGAAGUGCAGAUCUCGCUUCCUCUAACAAGGUUUAUUUACAUGACUAUGAAGAUUUUCAGCAACCUGAUUCUCCAUGGGGACGGAACAUUCGGUAUGGUGUUCGUGAGCAUACUAUGGCUGGGAUAUCAAAUGGCAUCGCAUUGCACGGUGGUGGUUUGAUACCCUUUGCAGCAACUUUUCUCAUUUUCUCUGAUUACAUGAAGAACUCCAUCCGGCUAUCUGCUAUAAGCGAUGCUGGUGUCCUCUACAUUAUGACUCACGACUCGAUCGGUUUAGGGGAAGAUGGGCCAACUCACCAACCAGUCGAGCAACUUGCUGGUCUUCGAGCUGUGCCUCGCCUGCUGGUUUUCCGACCUGCUGACGGCAAUGAGACUGCAGGAGCCUACAAAGUGGCUGUUGCACACCGGAAUGGGCCCAGCCUUGUCGCUCUAUCAAGACAGAAAGUCGCGGCACAUAUAGAGGGAACAUCAGAAGAUGCAGUCGAAAGGGGUGGUUAUAUCAUUAGUGAUAAUUCGGGUGAAGAUUUACCUGAGAUCAUAUUGAUUGGCACUGGAUCAGAGCUUUGUUUAUGUGAAGCUAGUGCGGGAGUUAUGAGGAAAGAAGGGAGAAGAGUGAGGGUGGUAUCACUGGUUUGUUGGAGGCUUUUUGACAGGCAGCCAAAUGAGUACAAAGAGGAAGUGUUGCCAUCUAGAGUGGUGAAGCGUGUUAGUGUUGAAGCUGGCUCGCCUAUUGGCUGGAGGGAAUACGUUGGACCAGAAGGUUUUGUUCUUGGCGUUGAAGAUUUCGGGGCUAGUGGAGCGUAUUUGGAUACAUUUAAGAAAUUUGGUUUUACAGAAGAAAACAUUACAAGGAUUGCAAGGAAUCUGCUCUCUAAGUGA